AUGAAUAAGGACACCCUAACUGAGUCUAGGAGCAAGACGGCAGGAAAGUCAGAUGAGCACCCCAAUCUGUGGAUAGAGCGCUUCUUCAACCGGAGAUGCUGCAUCACCUUCCUGACUGGCUGCUACAGCUGCCACUGGCAAUACAGAGAGUGGGAGAAAACUGAACUUGGAUCCUGUUGCUGCGCCUGGAAAGAACAGUUUUUUUAUAUGUGCCUGGUAGUUGCAUUCGUCCUGUCUGUGAUUUUCCUGUUUGUGUGGGUUGAAACCUCUAACGAGUACAACGGCUUUGACUGGGUUGUUUAUCUAGGGGCAAAACGCUGGUUCUUGUGGUCCAUUUUUAUGUUGAGUAUAGCCGGGAUCCUGACUGCCUACACGUCCUUGCUUUUGUUACUCAGCUUUUUUUUACUCUGGGAAAGGAUUGAACUAUAUCUGCAUACGUGUCAUAAGGUCUUCAUUCUCCUGGUGAUCCUGCUGUGCUCCUUCUUACUGUAUAUUCUGAACCAAUACUGGACGGACAAGUGGCUGAUAGCUGGGCUGUCGCUGCAGAUCUUUGCUCCCUUUCUGCACCUGAGCCUCAUAACUGUGAUGAUUCUUCUUUCCUGGCCCCUAGCCAUCUGUGUGGCCCACUUGGAAUCGGAAGUUAGAAUAAGAAGAUACAGAAUGGCAGGUUACGAGCAUGAAGUCCUGGAGACAUGUAAUAUAUUCACAAGGUUAAAAGCUCUACAGGUAGCUGCUGUACUCCCCUUCUUUAUCAUUCUUUUGUGUCUUUACUUGAUGCCGCUGGGGAUUUAUUCUCCCUGCAUUCUGAAAAAGGAGAAUUUAGGGCCUAAGCCUACCUUCUUUGGACACAGAGGCGCACCCAUGCUGGCACCAGAGAAUACCAUGAUGUCCUUUGAGAAGGCCGUGGAACAUGGUGCCUUCGGCCUGGAGACUGAUGUAUACUUAAGCUAUGACGCGGUACCUUUCCUUAUGCACGACUAUGACCUGAGCAGAACAACCAACAUCAGAGAGGUCCUGCCCUCAGCCGCUUUCAACCACACUGCCACCUUCAGCUGGACUUUCCUGUCGACUCUGAAUGCCGGCCAGUGGUUUAUAAAGCAUAAGCCAUUUUUUGGCAUGAAACCUUUAUCAGAGGCUGAUAAAAGAAGAGCAAGCAACCAAUCAAUUCCAUCGCUGGCUGAGUUAUUAGAACUUGCAAAAAAUGAAAAAAAGUUUGUAAUAUUUGAUCUUUUCGGCCCUCCACCGAAGCAUCCUCUCAGAAACACGUUCAUUCGAAGAGUGGUCAAGGUCAUCCUUGACUCCAACAUCGAGCAGCAUCUGAUACUUUGGUUGCCAGGUUACGACAGAGACUAUGUCAGGUUCAAGGCUCCUGGUUUCCAGCAUGUGGGCCGUUUAAGAACCCUCAAGGAGCUUGCUAAAGAGAACAUGACGAUAGUAAAUGUUGACUACAAGAGGCUGUUCUACCGGCGGAUGGUGAGACAUUAUCAGGCAGCUAAAAUCCACAUCAAUAUGUACAUUGUCAACGAGCCUUGGCUCUUCUCAUUGGCCUGGUGCAACCGGAUCGACUCUGUGACCACAGACAACAUCCAGGUCCUGAACCAGCUCAGUCACCCACUCUUCUUCAUGACACCAGGAUACUAUACGUUCAUAUGGCUUUUCAUGGUCAUUGCUUCUGCAAUUAUCAUUGGCGUUGUAUUUUAUUAUCACUGGGUGAAAGAACUUAAGAAAGAGAAGUGGCUCAAAGACACUACCAGCGCAUCUGCAGCAAGACAGGUCCUGCUCUUCAUCUCUGCCCUGAUGAGAGCAGAGGGCGGGGGUGAGGGGAACUGA